CCCUUCAGCAGGCCAAGAGGACACCUGUUGAGGUAAAGGUACAUGUCGAUGUCUCUCGCCGACGCCACUCGACUUUUAGCCGACCUCGCCGACCAGACGGCGACGCUCUCGCCGACCGGCUCCGAGACUCUGGACGUGGGCGGCUGGCAGGUCGUCGUCGCCGACGGGCACGCGGUGCUGCCUGAAGGCAUGAUGCACCUGCCGGACCGGGCGUUCCGCAACCGCGCCUCUCUCGUCUCGGUCGCCUUCCCGCGCAGCCUUGCCUCCAUCGGCAGCAACGCCUUCGAAGGCUGCUCCUCGCUCUCCUCCAUCGACCUCCCUGCCGGCCUCACCGCCAUCAACAACCACGCCUUCCGCCGCUGCUCCGCCCUCUCCUCCGUCAUCCUCCCCGCCGGCCUCACCUCCAUCGGCAUGGGCGCCUUAGCCCACUGCUCCUCCAUCACCACCGUCACCUUUCCCGCCGGCCUCACCUCCAUCGGCCCCAGCGCCUUCCACCUCUGCUCCUCUCUCACCCGCGUCACCUUCCCUGCCGGUCUCACCUUCAUCGGCGAGGCCGCCUUCUUCCGCUGCUCCUCUCUCACCCGUGUCACCUUCCCUGCCGGCCUCACUUCCAUCAGCUGCGCUGUCUUUUCCGGCUGCUCCGCCCUCGCCCGCGUCGCCCUCCCCGCCACCCUCACCUCCAUCGGCGACUGCGCCUUCGACGCCUGCGAGGCCCUCGGCUCCGUCACCUUCCCCGCCGGCCUUACCUCCAUCGGCGAAGCCGCCUUCGAAGGCUGCUCCACCCUCGCCAACGUCACCGUGCCAACCACCUGCGAGAUCGGCGACGCGGCCUUCGACCCCCCGACCACCGUCCUCCGCCUCUCGCCCGCGAGCAUGCGCGCCCAGGGUAGGGCGGCGGAGGCGGCGGCAAGAGAGGCUGAGAUGGCGGAGCUGGCGGCGGCGGCGGAUCGGAACGCGGAAGCGCUUCUGGCGGAUGAGGAGGCGGAGAAGGAGGCGGAGCAGCGCGCCAAGGAGCGCAAGGCCAAGAAGAAGAAGAAGAAGAAGGGCAGGGGCGGAGGGAGCGGCGCUGGGCCGUCGCAGGAGCCGCAAGGCGAGGAGGCGGAGGCGGUUGCGGCGGCGGAGGGGGGGGCGAUGGCGGCGGCGGAGGAGGCGGAGCCGGCGGCGCUCCAAAAAAGCGCGAGGCUGGAGGAGGAGAGGCGGGUGGCGGAGGAGCAGCCGCCCCAGCCGGAGGCGUCGCCGAGGGAGGAGGAGCCGCCCGAGCCGGAGGCGCCGUCGAGGGAGGAGCCGCCGCCGCCGGCCGACUUCAUCUGCCCCAUCACGACCGAGGUGAUGAGCGACCCGGUGAUGGCGACGGACGGCCAUUCCUACGAGCGGAAGCAGAUCGAGCGCUGGCUCGCGACCAAGUCGACGAGCCCGAUGACGGGCGAGGCGCUCGAGCAUAGCAUCCUCACCCCAAACCACGCGCUGCGCGGGCGGAUUCGAGAGUCCAGCUACGAGUCGUGCCGGACGCGCAACGAUCGCAACGGCAAACUUGUUGGCUUUGUCGAGUUUGAGAGCAUCGAGGACGCGUCGCGCGCGCGCGAGUCGAUGCAGGGCGCGUCGCCCUUCCCGGGCGUCACGUGGCACAUCCACUUUUCGACCAAUCCGGCGCGAGACCGCGCGCCAAAGCGUGCGCGCGACGACGCCGGCCAGCCGAGGCACGACGCCAUGAGAGGGCCGCCUGUCAUGUACGGCAAGACUUUAGCCUUGGCCACCCUCCUUGCGGAGCAGGAGGAGAUCCGCUCUCGGUCGGCAACGUGGCAGCUAGUCGAGGGACUCGGUAGUUGUGACCCCCCUGAGUGA